AGAGGUUGUCUCGAAGACUCAAACCAACGUUACUGCUUACUGCAAUAACUCCACUAAUGCAUUGUCUUCCUCCCGCUCUCCUCUCUCUUAUUCUCCUCACCAUUUGCUCGGGCGCAGUUUCGACGACUUUCACCAUUGUCAACAAGUGCAACCACCCUGUAUGGCCAGGUUUACUUUCCGGCGCCGGCACGCCGCAGCUCCCGACCACCGGCUUCCUCCUCCAAGCCGGCGAGUCCAAGACCAUUCCCGUCCCGCCCCACUGGUCCGGCAACAUGUGGGGCCGCACCCUCUGCGCCACCGACUCCGCUGGUAAGUUCUCCUGCACCACCGCUGACUGUGGCUCCGGCACCCUCGAGUGCGCCGGCCGGGGCCCCAAGCCCCCGGCCUCCCUCGUCGAGUUCACUCUUGAUGGCGCCGGCGGCCUGGACUUCUUCGACGUCAGCCUCGUCGACGGCUUCAACCUCCCGGUGCUGAUCACCCCCCACGGCGGCACGGGCGUCAACUGCACGGCAACAGGGUGCGAGGAAAACCUGAACGAGGGCUGCCCGUCGGAGCUCCGGGCCGCUGAGCCGGAUGGGCAGAGCGUGGGGUGCAGGAGCGCGUGCGACGCGUUCGGAGGAGAACAGUACUGCUGCAGCGGCGCGUUCAACUCCCCGCAGAUUUGCAAGCCCACGAAGUACUCGCUGUACUUCAAGAGCGCCUGCCCAAGCGCGUACAGUUACGCGUACGAUGACGCGACCAGCACUUUCACUUGUUCCGACGCCGAUUACGUCAUCGCCUUCUGCCCUUCUCCGCAUGGGAGUGAAAAAUCAGGACAGAGUCCCAAUAUGGCACCGUUAUCUGGUGAAUCAUUUGCAAGUUCAAAUUCAUAAUCACCGCUGCUACUUCCAUCGUCAUGACGAUCACCACCUUCGUUAUCAUGGUUAUUUUCAUCAUCAUCAUCAGCAGCAUCAUCUUACGUCUUUGCCGGAGCCCUCCACCUCCUCACUGUAGCUCGGUUUAUCUUCUGAUUCAAUUUUCUUUUCUUGGAUUAAGAAUCUACCUCGACCAACAUAAGAUACAUUUAAGUGGGGAGAUUAUGUAGUCAUAUAAUUUUUAUUGCAGUGGCUAAGGUUGAGGAGGAAUAGCAGUUGAACUAGAUCGAUUAAUCUA